AUGCAAGCCAUGGUCGUGCUCAUCACUUUCGUCGUCGCUGUUGUCUCUGCCCAGCUCGACAGCCUGCCGGCUUGUGCCAAGAACUGUCUCAAUGGCGCACUGUCUACUAGCCAUUGUGCAAUGACAGACGCACCCUGCUUCUGCCAAAACUCUGCUCUCAUCAGCAACUUCACCUCGUGUGUUCAAGUAAACAACGGAUGCAAGCCCGAUGACCUUAGGACCACCGUCCAAUUUGCCACCACCUUCUGCCUCAGUGCUGGCGUCAAAAUCACCGUUCCUAAGGAUGUGCAAGCUAUUGUUGAAGGUGACUCGACCUCCUCCUCCAGUGCUUCCGGUACUCCUUCGUCCACCGCAACGGGCCUCUCUUCGAGUGCUUCGGGCAGUGCUCCCAAGCCCACAUCUAAGCCUGGCUCCUCGUCCGCUACAACCAAUGCAGUUCCUUAUGGAAUUGCCUUGCUCGCAGGAUCGCUUGGCCUCGCUGCCAUGAUCCUCUAG